AGGGCUGCACCUGGGGUCUGUGCCCUGUACCCUCUGCCCCUCCUGCAUCUUUCAGGGACAUCUGAGCCCACAGGGGCCUUUAGAAGAAUCCACAUCCUUGGCUUUAGAAAUGAGGAGCCAGAGUCCAGGGGCAGCUGUGACUUCUCCAAGGGCAUCCAGGCGGGGGUCGGCCUGUGUUUGAGUUUGAAGCCAGGCAGGGGGCCGGCCUUUCCCCAGCUCAUCCUCACUGAUGAAGCCCAGGGCAGUGGGGCUGCCUGCUUGCCUGCUCUCAGCCCUAACCAUCGGCCUCUUUCCUCUUUGGGAACCACAGGUGACAUCAUGGGAGCUGUAUUGGCCAAACUCAUGGUCUCCAGGUCUGACAAGGCCAUAGUGAAGAAGGAGCUGCUGUCCGUGGUAGCCGGGAAAGACAGGUACCGUGUCAAUAACAAGCAUGACCGGAAGUACUCCCCGCUGUCUCCCAGCAAAAUUGUGCAUCGGGCGGAGGAGAAGGUGGGGCAGGAGAUGCUCUACAAGCUGACCAGCGACAACUGUGAGCACUUUGUGAAUGAGCUGCGCUACGGAGUCUCCCGCAGCGACCAGGUCACCGAAGCAGUCGUGGCGGGCGGAGUGGCAGUUGGCCUCCUCGGCGUGGGCCUGGUCAUCGCGGCCCUCAUCGGGUCCCUGCGGGGCAGACGCGAGCGGGAAGAGCAGUGACGUCAAGGAAUCAUCCUAGUGGCACCCAG